AUGCUGUGUAUACAUACAUCUCGGAAAAAAGUGAAUAUAAAACGAGCAAAUCUAUGAGCCACAGUACUAGUCGCAAUAAACAAUUUCGAUCGAUCCCAUUUCGUUUGAUCAAAACGCUUUCGGUAAUACAAGACCAGUGUUUUAUCCACAAUUUAAAAAACAGAAAGGAAAAUGAAAUCCGUAAUUGUAUUUGGUGCUUUGGUUAUGUGUGUCUUGGCUGCGCCACUAGACGAUUCGAAAAACGCCCAAGUGUUGCGAUACGAGAACGAUAACAUUGGAAUUGAUGGAUACAAAUUCGCUUAUGAAACGAGCGAUGGUGUAGCCCGACAAGAAGAAGCAGAAUUGAAAAAUGUUGGUACCGAUCAUGCUGCUCUGGCCGUUCGUGGAACAAUUUCUUGGGUCGCUGCCGAUGGACAGCAAUAUUCUUUGAACUACGUUGCCGAUGAGAACGGUUAUCGACCGGAAGGUGCACAUUUGCCGAAAGCAUAAUUUUUUUUUGUAGUGAAACGGAUAUUUUGUUUUAAAUAAAAUUUCUGUGAUUGUUCGAUGAAAA